UCCUGCUGCUGUGAGGAAGGGGCGGCGGCUGCAGCGUGAGGGUUGGUGGCGCGGCUGAACAGGCGCCGGGAUCUGACCCGAGGCUGGGGAGGGCUCGGGCGAGCCCUGGGGAGGGGCUCCGCGGAUCCUCUUCCCUCCCGCCAGCAGCUCCACCGCGGGCGGCGCCCGCAUCGCUCCAGGAUGGCCGAGUCGACCUCUGGCGUAGGAGCGACCACGACCGUCACCGAGACGGAGGUGACCGAGCCGGAAAAUCGUAGUCUCACUAUCAAAUUAAGGAAACGAAAACCAUCCAAGAAGGUGGAAUGGUCAAGUGACACAGUGGACAAUGAACACUUGGGACGAAGAUCUUCCAAAUGCUGCUGCAUCUACGAGAAGCCACGCGCUUUUGGUGAGAGCUCAACAGAAAGCGAAGACGAGGACGAUGAAGGCUGCGGCAAUGCCCAUUGCAUCCGAGGUCACAAGAAAGGUCAGCGGGGGAAGCCACCGUCUAAAGCAGGAGAUGCUGGUCCAGAGAAGAACAGCUCCCAGAAGUUGGAGCCACCUGACCAAAACCACGCAGGGGCCAUGCAGCACUGAACCAUACCUGGCCAUGGGGCAGAGAAGGAGCUCCUCAACUCUCCUCCAAAGACUGGCGCUGCCCCAACUGAGGCGAGGGAGGCAGGGAAGGAAAGGCCCACCCGUCCAGCUCUCGGCUGUCUUGGGCUGGUGCUGAUGCUGCCUUGACUGUGGGUAAGGGGGAGGGGGGCACACACACCCAGCCCCACGCCUGCCUUGUGUCAGCGCUGCUACUGUUGUCUCUAUCCAUCUGUGGCUGGUGAGUCUGUCUGGUGCCACCCAUCCACACCCCGCCCAAUGAGGAAUGUAUUGACAGGACCUUCCUGGGUACUGUGGCUGAUUUUUUUCCUGCUUCUUAAUUAAAUAUUUGUUAUCAGUGAUGAA